AUGGCGAUUGCCGGAUUGGGAAUGAUCAAGCGCUCAGGGGACUCAAUGUCUUCUGACGACGAAUGUUCACCUGAAAAACGUCUAAAAGUAGAUGACUCCGAUUAUAUGAUCGACUUUGAAUCAAUACGAAAGCCUCCACGCGUACUCUUGUCCAGUGAAUCUUUUGACGUCUUCCGUGGAAAACGUGGCUUCGAUUUCCAGAAUCUAACCCCUUCGGAGAGAUGUGCCAGAAUGCCGGAGACGCUUUCUUUGGAACCAGAAAGGAUCGAAAUGGACUAUCUCUACAAAUACUAUUAUUCAACGUGUAUCCACAAAGAAGAAUUGGAGAAAAGAGAAAAUAAUUUUCUGCUGGUGACACCUGUUGGUUUCAAUCAGAUCACGUGCGCCUUUGAGCUAGCAUCGACCCUCAAUCAUCAGAUUCAAUCGCAGUUCUCUAUCAACAUCAUAGAUGAUCCUGAACUUAAUCUCAAUAUCACGGGUCCAAAUUUCGCAUUACUGAGAAAGCAAGAUUUUGGGCUUAGUCCAAUCAUGAACACACUAAACGAUGAUCAUGCGUUAGAAUACAUCAAUCGAAGAACAGAGCUUGAAAUGGAAGAAUCGAAAAAAGCAACAAUCGAACUUGGUGAAGUUUCGAUAAGCGGAAGCUCGUCGCGAAUAGAAAAUGUGGAGCCAAUAGUUCCUUGGCCAAUUGAACUGAAUAUUCCUCAGCUAGGACCGAAUGCAGUGACGGUUGAGAUCGUCAUCCCGAAUGACAAACGAAGACGUUUCGAGUUUGGUGGAAUGAAUGAUGCAAAUGGACUAAAAGCAGUGAGACUUGCAGUUGCUUCUUCUCGUACACAAUCCCCUUCGCCUAAAACAAUCGUCGUUAGUUUUGGCGUUUCUGGUGCUCAAAAUGGACUAUACGAUCUCAAGAAGACGAUGAAAAUGAGCGAUUCCGAAUUCACUCAUCUCAUAGUUGUGAAGCAUAACGAUGUGCAAAAAUAUCGAGAAUACUGGCCUAACUCCUGUCUUCUCGUCAUGGGCGCAGAGUUUAACAGGCAUGGAAUCGGCUGCAUGAAACUCUUCGCUCUGCGUCUUUUACAGCACUCCUGGGCUCUCUCGCCCCCAGACUGUUGGCCGUUUGUUUUCUUUCUCUCCGACCAGGUGGCGCAAUUUCGCUCGUGGAGCAGCGAAUCACGCUCCUGGGAUCCUAUCCCGCUGCACGAUGUUUUGCUCGACUUAGAAUCAAUGAUCUCCAAUUCCGAGACGGAAGUGGCGAUGCUAGGGCUUAAACCUUGGACCACUGCUGAUGGUCAGCCACCAGAUGAUCGUCAAUUUUCAAAUCGACUCGUUCAAGGCUGCUACAUGCUCAACCUAAAUCUUCGUCAAGUCGCUGCCGGAAACAGCUGCAUUGUCCUUGAAAACUAUGGCUAUAUCGAGAAACAUAAUCACAAAGCUCCAGUUCCCCCGUUCGAGAUUUCAGUGCCCGUCUCGAAGUAUGUCACCACAGAAGAAGACUCUGAAAACAUAAACGCGCCCGGAUUCUAUCUGCUGAAUCAGUAUUUCAAGCAUGAAGGCAGAAGUAUCUUCACGGAUGCGAGCGCAACACGCCCUGUUCUCAUCUCCGGGAAAUACAUAAAUUUCGGAGCUCAAGUUCCCGUACAAAUUCUUGGCGUGACCCCUUGCCAAAGUCGACAAUAUUCUGGUCUUGUGAUUUGUGAGCUCCAACCGGCCGCCAGUUCGGUUCCAACUCUUCAGGAGCUUUCUGCACUAACCUUCGUCCCACAAGCAAAGAUUGUCGUGGUAGCCGCGGACUCAGGACGUUUGCGUCAGAGUAUUCGCAAGUUUGGCCUCGACAAAGAAUGGGAGUUCUCGUUGUUACACGAAUUUGCCACUGCUAAUGAAAACGCUAAACUGUAUUUUAUAACUGGAAUGCGAAGACCAUAG